UCUGUCAUCAAGAAAAGAGUCAUUUCCGAUAAAAAGUACAGUGAGCAACGCCUGGAUGUCCUCUCUGCUUUGGUGUUGGCUGAGAACAUCCUCAAUGGGCCAAGUACAAAACAGAGGCGACUAAUUGUUUCCCUUGCACUGAGUGUGGGAACGCAGAUGAAAACUUUUAAAGAUGAAGAACUCAUUCCCCUUCAGUUAGUUCUGAAAAAACUAGACUUGAUCAGUGAACUUAUAGAGCGAGUUCGAGUACAAUGUGACUGUUGUUUCUUAUACUGGCAUCGAGCAGUCUUUCCAAUCUAUUUAGAUGACGUGUAUGAAAACGCUGUUGAUUCCGCUAGACUGCAUUAUAUGUUUAGUGCACUACGGGACUGCGUACCUGCUAUGAUGCAUGCAAGACACUUGGAAUCUUAUGAGGUGCUUCUGGAAUGCUAUGACAAAGAAAUCAUGGAAGUGCUCAAUGAGCACUUACUGGACAAAUUAUGUAAAGAGAUAGAAAAGGACCUGCGCUUAUCAGUUCAUACACACUUAAAGCUGGAUGACAGAAACCCCUUCAGAGUUGGUAUGAAGGAUCUAGCUCACUUCUUCUUCCUGAACCCAAUACGUUUUUUCAAUCGGUUCAUUGACAUAAAAGCUUAUGUAACUCACUAUUUGGACAAGACCUUCUACAACUUAACGACUGUAGCUCUUCAUGAUUGGGCCACCUACAGUGAAAUGAGAAACCUAGCAACUCAACGCUAUGGUUUAAGUAUGACUGAAGCACAUCUUCCCAGCCAGACUCUGGAACAGGGUCUGGAUGUUUUGGAAAUCAUGAGAAAUAUUCAUGUUUUUGUAUCCCGCUACCUCUACAAUCUGAAUAAUCAGAUCUUCAUUGAAAGAACAAGUAAUAACAAACACUUGAACACUAUCAAUAUCCGACACAUUGCUAAUUCAAUCCGAACUCAUGGAACAGGAAUCAUGAACACAACAGUAAACUUCACUUACCAAUUUUUGAGGAAAAAGUUUUAUAUUUUUAGCCAGUUCAUGUAUGAUGAACAUAUCAAAUCCAGACUUAUCAAAGACAUCAGAUUCUUCAGGGAAGUCAAGGAUCAAAAUGAUCACAAGUAUCCCUUUGAAAGAGCAGAUAAAUUCAACCGCGGCAUCAGAAAACUUGGAAUAACGCCAGAUGGCCAGAGCUAUCUUGACCAGUUCAGACAACUGAUAAGUCAAAUUGGCAAUGCUAUGGGUUAUGUACGAAUGAUAAGAUCUGGUGGACUUCACUGCUGUAGUAGUGCAAUUAGGUUUGUUCCUGAUCUGGAAGAUAUCGUCAACUUUGAAGAGCUGGUGAAAGAAGAAGGACUCUCAGAAGAAACACAAAAAGCAGCAAGGCAGCUGGACUCUGUCCUCAGUGACCUCACCCGUAACUUUGCAGAAGGAACAGAGUACUUCAAAAUGCUUGUGGAUGUAUUUGCUCCCGAAUUCCGCAGCCCAAAGAACAUGCAUUUGCGGAACUUCUAUAUAAUUGUUCCCCCGCUGACGCUCAAUUUUGUAGAGCAUUCAAUCAGUUGCAAGGAGAAAUUGAAUAAGAAGAACAAAAGUGGAGCAGCUUUCACUGAUGAUGGAUUUGCCAUGGGUGUGGCUUACAUUCUGAAGCUUUUGGAUCAGUACCAGGAGUUUGAUUCUCUGCACUGGUUCCAGUCUGUUAGAGAGAAGUAUGUGAAGGAAAUAAGAGCAGUAGCUAAGCAACAGAAUGUGCAGUCCACUAAUCAAGAUGAAAAACUACUACAAACUAUGAACCUUACCCACAAGCGACUGGAAGUUUGUUUACAGGAAUUUGAACUCCUUUAUUUCUCGCUAAGCAGCGCAAGAAUUUUUUUCAGAGCAGAUAAAACUGCAGCAGAAGAGAACCAGGAAAAGAAAGAAAAAGAAGAAGAAUCUGUUAAAGCAAGCAACGGAGAUCCUUCCAACUCUACACCUGCAGAUCCUGUUGUGAAAUGAUAUGGCUGGUAUGGGUGAUGAUUACUUACUCAAAUAAUUCAUGUUAUUGUCGUUUUCAGUAACACUCUGUAGGGGUAAAAGCUCUAGAUUUGAUUUACUUGCUCUAUUAAACUCAAGAGACAAUGUACAGUAGUAUACUAGC